AUCCACCAUUGGCUCAGUCGCUUCAGGUCACGCAGCAGAUUGCAAGAAGCAGGCAGCAAGCAGCAAGCAGCAGGCGUUGGCUCCGUGUGAACGCUUCCGAAGACGGCGCGCGGGCGAUCGGGACUUCUAUUCGGAGUUGGCCAUCAUGCUUCGGCUGUUGCUGCUUGUGCUGGUGGUUCAGCCUGCACUGAUGGAGGUGUUCACAUCAAUAGGACACAUGAGCGAGCUGCUCGACACCGAAUCGGACCUCCUGCGCUCUCUCGACUCGUACAUCGCCGAGCAACAGAGACGUCUGCACAGCCUGAGAGCGUGGGCGGAGUCUAUACAGGAAGUCUGCCGCUCCGCGACCCUCGACCCGGAAGGGUUCCUGGGCAAUCCGGUCAACGCCUACCGGCUACUCAAGAGGCUGGGGCAGCAGUGGCGGACGCUGGACGACACGGCCAUCAUGAACCCGGCAACCGAGUUCCUAGCGAACAUAUCUGCCCAGCGUCUGCGGCUGCCCACCGAGGAGGAUGUGACCGGGGCAGCCAAGGCUCUGAUGCGUCUCCAGGACACCUACAGACUGAGCACGCGCGACAUCGCAGACGGGAACCUACCAGAGUUCCUAGCGAACAUAUCUGCCCAGCGUCUGCGGCUGCCCACCGAGGAGGAUGUGACCGGGGCAGCCAAGGCUCUGAUGCGUCUCCAGGACACCUACAGACUGAGCACGCGCGACAUCGCAGACGGGAACCUACCAGGCGCGAUGCACCGUGACGCUCUGUCUGCCCACGACUGCUACGACCUGGGCUGCGUCGCCUACACGGAGGGCGACUACCGCCACACGCAGCUGUGGAUGCGGCAGGCGCUGCGCAUGAUGCACCGAGGAGGAGGAGGGGAGAGACGUGGGGCGGAGGGGGGAGAAGCGGAGGAGACUCCGGGGGGAGGAGGAUCGGCGGUGGAGGGGGUGGAGUGGCUGACGGGAGCGGCGGUGGUGGACGAGGUGGAUGUCUUGGACCACCUGAGCUUCGUGGCGUUUCAGCAGGGCAAGACGGAGGAAGCGAAUGCGCUAACGAAGCGGCUGCUCACGCUGGACCCGUCUCACGAGCGUGCGCAGGGGAACCUCGACUACUUCUCCCGGGCGCUGUCCGCCAAGCGGAAGGGCGACGACGAAUCUCACCUCCUCACGACCGGCAUCCACAGCGACUCAUCUUCCUCCUCGUCGUCGUCAUCCUCGAAGAGGAGGAGGAAGGACACGAUGGGGGGAGAGAGACUCGGGGAGGAGGAGGAGGAAGUGGAGGUGGAAGAAGAAGUGGAUGAGGAGGUGGACGAUGGGAAAAGUGCAAGCUACAUGAAGCUGUGUCGGGGAGAGGGGAUCAAGAUGGCAGCACCAAUGUAGGAGACACUCUGCCCUCGGGGCAGCUCUCCAACGUGUCGUGGAGACGCACCGGCGUGCGCUACACCAACAACGAGGCGUACUUCGACGUGAUUGAGGAGGUGGAUGCCAUCAUUGAUCGCUCUGGCUCCACGGUUACGGCUGAGAUUCAGGGCGUGAUUGACGCCUGUGUGAAGCUAACGGGGAUGCCUGACCUCACACUCUCCUUCAUG